CAUCAUCGUUGUUUACUCGUGGUAUCUGACCAGGACUACUGUAGAUGAUCAAAUGAAGAAUAUCAAUUGGAAGAUACAAUGUGUGGAACAACGACUACGCAUGCAAGAACCGAACAUACACCUCAUAGAAGAAAUGGCGAAGAAACUCGACGUUACGUACGACGAUCUAGCACAAGAUUCAAAGAAAAUACUUAGCAGCAUAUGGGGACAGGACUCUAAAAAUGCUCAAAUCUAACAGUGUUCAACAACGUAUAGAAUUCCCGAGCAGCCAAGAUGCUCAUAAUGUUGUAUUGAAUUUUGUAGAUAAACUUUCAAGACUAACUAAAAUUUUGUGG